CGGGUUACACCAAGAUGGGCUUUGCCGGUAACUCGGACCCAUCCUUUGUGUUCCCCACUGCCAUUGCGACCCGUACCGGCGCAGCAGCCUCUGGCGGCUCCUCCGGUCGUCCCUCUGUCCCCUCCAAGCCCGGAGGAUUGAGCUCUUCCUCGUCCCUCGCCUCCAAGAGGGGAAUUGAGGACCUGGACUUCUUCAUUGGUGACGAGGCAAUGGCCAAUAGCAAGACUUACCAGGUUCAUCAGCCUAUCAAGCAUGGACUGAUUGAGAAUUGGGAUCAUAUGGAGAGGUUGUGGGAGCAGUGCAUCUUCAAGUAUCUCAAGUGUGAGCCCGAGGACCAUUACUUUAUGCUGACCGAGCCACCUCUGAACCCACCUGAGAACCGAGAGAAUACCGCCGAGAUCAUGUUCGAGUCCUUCAACAUCAAGGGUUUGUACAUUGCUGUGCAAGCCGUUCUGGCCCUCGCAGCCAGCUGGAAUAGCAACAAGGUCACCGACCGUACCCUCACCGGUACAGUCAUUGACAGUGGAGACGGAGUGACCCACGUCAUCCCCGUGGCCGAAGGAUACGUCAUUGGCUCUGCCAUCAAGCACAUUCCGAUCGCAGGUCGUGACAUUACCUACUUUGUUCAGCAGCUGCUACGUGAGCGGGGAGAAGCCGCAAACAUCCCGCCCGAGGACAGUCGUCGGGUUGCCGAGAAGAUCAAGGAGGACUACUCAUACGUCUGCCAGGACAUCGUGAGGGAGUUCCGCCGAUACGAUGAGGAUCCACUCAAGUACUUUGAGCGCUUCGAGGGAGAGCACACCGUCACUGGACGCAAAUACGGCGUAGACGUUGGCUACGAGCGUUUCCUCGGUCCAGAAGUCUUCUUCAAUCCAGAAAUUGCCUCUUCGGACUUCCUCACCCCUUUGCCGGAAGUCGUGGACAGCGUAAUCCAGCAAUCGCCCAUUGAUGUGCGCAGGGGUCUGUACAAGCACAUUGUCCUCUCUGGUGGUUCCACCCUCUUUACCCACUUUGGCUCUCGUCUGAAAAAGGACCUCAGGGCAAUUGUCGACCGGCGAAUCGCAGCAAGCGAGACGCACAGUGGAUCUCACAUGAGGAGUUCUGGAAUGGAAGUCAACGUCGUCUCUCACAGGAGACAAAAGUGGGCCGUUUGGUUUGGUGGAUCUCUACUGGGAAGUCUACCCGACUUUUACAAUGCCUGCUACUCAAAGGAACAGUAUGACGAGGUGGGACCGAGCAUUGUUAGGAGGUUCAGCGUGCUGGGUGGCCUGUAAGAGUGUCUUUGGUCAAUGCGAGGGUAGCCCGUGUACUUAGAGACGUCUGUAAGGUAGAUGUUUAAUCAUGGCGA